GCUGCAGCUCAGAGAAGGGGCCUCCGGAACACGGCAUCCAACUGCCCAUCCAUCUCCACCAAGAGCUGCCCCCAGGCCUCUGUCUGCUCCAGCAGCAUGAGCUGCCGGCCCGAGCUGUGCAUGGGCUAUGUCUGCCAGCCCAUGCCUUGUGUGCCUUCCGUGUGCAUGCCCUCCACCCACCGGCCGGCCAGCUGCCUCUCCAAGACCUACCUAUCCAGCUCCUGCCGACCCAGUGGCAGCCGGCCACCCGCUGGCAUCUCUGGCACCAUGGGGACCUGCAGCUGGUUCUGUGAAGGGACCUUCAACGGCAGCGAGAAGGAGACCAUGCAGUUCCUCAACGACCGGCUGGCCAACUACCUGGAGAAGGUGCGGCAGCUGGAGCAGGAGAACGCCAGCCUGGAGAGCAAGAUCCAGGAGGCCUGCCAGUCACAAGUGCCCACCAUGUGUCCUGACUACCAGUCGUAUUUCAGGACCAUUGAGGAACUCCAGCAGAAGGUUCUGUGCACCAAGGCAGACAACGCCAGGAUGGUGGUGCACAUCGACAAUGCCAAGCUGGCUGCCGACGACUUCAGGACCAAGUAUGAGACGGAGCUGGCCCUGCGGCAGCUGGUGGAGGCUGACACCAAUGGGCUGCGCAGGAUCCUGGACGAGCUGACCCUGUGCAAGGCCAACCUGGAGGCCCAGGUGGAGUCCCUGAAGGAGGAGCUGCUCUGCCUCAAGAAGAACCACGAGGAGGAAGUUGGCACCCUCCGGUGCCAGCUUGGGGACCGCCUUAACAUCGAGGUGGACGCUGCGCCCCCUGUGGACCUGACCAGGAUGCUGGAGGAGAUGCGGUGUCAGUAUGAGACGGUGGUGGAGACCAACCGCAGGGACGUGGAGGAAUGGUUCAACACGCAGAUGGAGGAGCUUAACCAGCAGGUGGCCACCAGCUCUGAGCAGCUUCAGACCUACCAGUCGGACAUCAUUGAUCUGAGACGAACAGUCAACACCCUGGAGAUCGAGUUGCAGGCCCAGCACAGCCUGAGGGACUCCCUGGAGAACAUGCUGACGGAGACGGAGGCCCGCUACAGCUCGCAGCUGGCCCAGAUACAGUGUCUCAUCACCAACGUGGAGGCCCAGCUGGCCGAGAUCCGCUGCGACCUGGAGCGGCAGAACCAGGAGUACCAGGUGCUGCUGGACGUCCGGGCCCGGCUGGAGGGCGAGAUCAACACGUACCGGGGCCUGCUGGAGAGCGAGGACUGCAAGUUGCCCUGUAACCCAUGCUCCACUCCCUCGUGUCCCCCCUGUGAGCCCUCGCCCAGUGUGCCCCGCACUGUCUGUGUGCCCCACACGGUCUGUGUGCCCCACACUGUCUGUGUGCCUUGUGUGCCCUGCCCCCCGGGCCGCUUCUGAAGCCCCUCGGUGCUGGUGGAUGGAUCCUGAGGGACCGGAGCUGGGAAGCUGGUGUCUCUGCAGGUCGAGCCUGACCUGGGUUCAGCGGCCACUAAGAAAGCGAAGCCAGCAAGGAAGACUGAGUAGUGCCAGGUGGGCCGUCUGCCCGCAAGGCGCUCUGAUACUGCAGGGGGCGCCCUGGCCCCCAUUGCUUAGGAACAGCCUCUCCAUAGGUGAAUCUGCUGAUGUUCUCUAGUUCUCUGCUGCCGCAAGAGCCUGUGUCCUUAGUCAACUGGCAAAUAAAGCCGCACUCGGUGGCCCUGCAAAUGUCUUUCUUUAUUGGUCAUUUAUGAUGCUGUGUCCAGCAGCCGGUACUGCUGCUCAUUGGGCAUCAAGAGGAAUGUGGCCACAUUCUGUAUUUGUUGGAUGCCCCUCUGCUUCCACAGAGGCUUCCAGAAAGGCCCACAGGCCAGAAACCAGUUAAAACCAGGCUACUGGUUCAGAGCCAAGUAAUAAAAACAUGAAAAGGGGAGGGAGAUAAUUAUGCCGGAAGCAUAUGCCAAAAUACUCUAAAUGAGAAUAUUCUUGUGAUGAUCCCACCCCAAACCUCAUGCCAGCUGGUACAAUGUGGUCAUACAUUCAUAAUAUCCUUACUGAUUGCUUGGAAGGUGAAGGUUCUACUUCAGGGGCUGGUUAACCCAGGGGGUAGUGCUCUCACCCCCCAGACACCUUGUUAACGCCCCAUUAAAUCCUUGCAGCAAUCUAUGAAAAAGGCAUCGUUAUUUUCCUCCACUUUACAAAUGAGGAAACUGAGGCCCAGAGAGGUUAAGAAUCUUGCUCAAGAUCACACAGUUAGUAAGUGACGGGCCCAGGACCCAAACACAGUGCUUCAGGCUCCAGAGAUGCUCAACCAAUUCAUAUUCUCAAGUAGUCCUCACUAUUUGCAAACGACUGCUGGGGGCCAGGG